AACUUGUCCUUCACAAUCUCUAUUAAAAUGUCUUCCACUUUUAAUACAAUCCUCGUUACUGGUGCUUCUAGAGGUAUUGGCUUUGAACUUACUCAACAAUUAUUAGAUUCCAAUCCAAAUAGAAUUGUCUAUGCAACAUCAAGAUCAUCCUCCGAAGAUCUUGUUAAAUUGCAAGAAAAAGUUGGUGCUAAAAGAUUGAUCAUUGAACAAUUGGAUGUUAAUAAUGAUGAGUCUAUUGAUCAAUUAGUACAAAAGCUCAAAGAUCAAAAUGUUAAGAUUGAUGUAUUGGUUAACAAUGCUGGAUCUGCUGGUAAUGGAGCUGAUUCAGUUCUUACUGCCACAAGAGAAUCUGUCUCUGCCUUGUUGCAAACUAAUACUCUUUCACCAUUGAUUGUUGCUCAAAAGUUCUAUAACAAUCAUCUCAUUAACGAAAAUGGUUUGGUUGCCAAUAUUUCCAGUAUUCUUGGAUCUAUUUCCAAUGUCUNCAGUCAUUCAGCACCUUAUGGAAGUUAUGGUAUUUCUAAAUCUGCUUUGAACAUGGUCACCAAACUUUCAA